AACUAUUUUGUUGUUUUAAUUCAGUUCAUUUUAUCGUUUUGCGUUUUUGUGUGCGUCUUGCGUUUUUUUGUCCUUAGUGCGUAAUAAUAAAUGGCUGAAGAUUCAGAUUCAUCUAGUUUCCUCUCUGGAAUACUAAAUGAAAUAUUGGGUAGCUACUUAAAUAUUGCGUUAAUAGGAUUGAUAGCAUUCCUGUUGUACAAAAUUGUGAGAAGCUCUAGUGAUGUGUCGACACCGAGUGCACCACCAGAACCACAACUUCCGAAAAUCCGAAAAGAUUUUACCGUUCAGGAAUUGAAGGAGUUCGAUGGAAAUCAGCCAGAUGGUCGCGUUUUGGUAGCGGUAAAUGGCAGUGUUUAUGAUGUAACAAAGGGAAAGCGAUUCUAUGGGCCAGGUGGACCGUAUGCAGCGUUUGGCGGCCGUGAUGCCUCAAGAGGCUUAGCCACAUUUAGUGUUGUAAGCUCUGAUAAGGAAGGCUACGAUGAUCUCAGCGAUCUAAAUUCAAUGGAAAUGGAUUCAGUGCGAGAAUGGGAAUUACAAUUCAAAGAAAAGUACGAAUAUGUUGGUCGUCUUCUCAAACCUGGCGAAGAACCAGCAAGCUAUUCAGAUGAAGAAGAUGACAAUCAGCAAGAUUCAAAUACUAGCAAUAAAUCAACUGAUUCUACUGGUAAAUCAAAAGAUGACUGAUUUGCAUUAUAAAACACAUUCGGAGCUAGUAUAUCAUCGAAAACAAUUUUUAUGGAAAAUGAAUUAUAAAUAAAAACAGAAAAAUAAAAAAAUGAUUUUUUUCAGUGUAAAAAAUUAUUACUUGUCUCACCUCUAAUUACGAUGAUAUCUUCACCCAAUUUUGUUUUUAAAUAUUAUUUUUGAUUUGGAUUCAAAUGAAGGUAUUGCAAAACACAUCUUUGAUGUCCAAUUAUUUUUUGAAUCAAUGUCUCAGUUUGCCGUUUGCUUAUUGACCGUGGAACGAUUUAACCUCAAAAUUUUUCUCUUAUUUUUUGCCUAAAAAUUCAUUUAUAUUUUGAAGAUGAUUUGUAAUUCAGUUUUCAAUUAACAAAAAAUAUAAUCAUAACUGAAAAGAUGGGUGUAAGGACUUACUUUUAUUCCGACUUUGUACUAUUAUUAAUUUUUAAGGUUUUUUUUAAUUUAAAAAAAAAUAAUUUUAAGAAAUUUCGACCAAAAUUUUUUUUACAAAACAUUUCGAUUCAAAAAUGACUUCAACGCUUUAAUUUUCCUUAAAACGGCAGAACAUUUAUAUGGCCGCGAAAAAAAAGAAGAAAACGCUAGAUAGGAGAUCGAUUUAUCAGCUUUUUUGUUGUAAUAACAUCUACUGCUGCAAUUAAACCAAAAUUUGUAAAGAUUAUAUAUAAUGAUAAAACGAAAGGUUUAUGUUAUAUAUGUACGGUAGAUAUGGUGGUAGCAUUAUUAUUCU